UCUAAAGUCAAGCAAUACACACAUAUAUAUAUAUACCAACUUGUCGGCGUAAAUACUCCCGUUUUAUUAUUCAUCGCGGCGUUCGCGACAAUCGGCGCUUGAUAGGCCUGUCAAACACUUCACGGUGCACCUACUUUUUCAUUCGGAGAUAUAUAUAUAUAUAUAUAUAUUUUUUUUUAUAGUAUUGCAUUUUUUUGCAGGAUAUUUGAGCAGCAGCAUCAUCUUCAAUUUCGAUAGAGCAUAUAGAAGAUCAGCCGUUGGAAAAUCGAAUGAUGACGCACACGAUACGAUCCGCGUGCGAUCGAGACGUGCCGAUGCCAAAAGAAAAUUGAAUAAUUAAUAGCCAUCGCCAGCACGAUAUAAGGAUCGCGCCUCGGCCGUCGCCUCCGAUGGGGAGAAAGAAGAAAAGAGCCUUGGCCGUGAGCCAGUGUCAUCGCGCGAGGUGCGCCCGCUAGAGAGAGAGAGAGAGCGAAAGUCGAUUUGGAAUCGAUAAUGAGCCUUUAUGAUGGACUGGCAGUCGCGAGCGGCUCUUCCUUCGCCGACUAUAAAUACUUAUCGGGUGCCAGCGUACCGGACAAUCGGACUUUUUUGCCCGACCUCGAUCGACAGUACUCGCUCGUAUAUACCUCUACCGAUCGGCCAACGCCAUGAGGCUGCUACUUCUGAUAUCCUGCUUCGCUCUGAGCGCGCUCCUGGUCUCGGCAAAAUCCGAGAGCUCGUCGCAGCCGAAGCCGAAAUCGACAAAGUUGUCAGCAGUGCGGCCGUCGUCCUCCUCGUCGACGCCUCGGAUAUCGAGGCGCCAGGACAAGCGGAAUCUCUUCCAGCUGGGCUAUGGACUGCCGCAGCAUCAACAAGAGCCGCACCAGGUGUACGGGUCCCCGCAGCAAGUGUACGGACCUCCGCCGGCUCAGAUACCGGCGCCGUCCGAGCCCGAAGUCGGGCACAGGCCGCCGGCACCCGUGUUCGAACGGCCCGAGCCCAUACCCCUGCCUGCCCAGUCUCAUCCGGUGUCUGUUGGAUCCUUUGGCCCCGUCGUUUUCCCUCAGCAUUUGGUUCCAGUGGCACCAGGACCCCUGCCACCGGCUUUCCCAGUAGCCCACCCGGUACCCGUGGCCCCAGCGCUACCACCACUACCGAUCGCAGCACCAGUACCGGUACCAGCGCCACUUCCUCAGGUGCCAGUACCAGCUCCGGCUCCCAUCUACAUACCUGUGAUACAGACUGUGACGAAACACGUACCGGUGCCAGUACACGUGCCCAAGCCAUACCCGGUCCAUGUGGACCGCAUCGUUCACGUGAACAGGCCGUAUCCGGUUCACGUUGCCGUGCCUGUCCACGUGCCCAAGCCGUAUCCGGUACCGGUGGCCAUCAGGACCCACUACGAGUCGCUGCAUCGCGACUGGUGAUUCUCUUAAGGAAUACUCUUGUUGUUGUUGUUGUUGUUGUUGUUGUUGUUGUUGUUGUUUCGAUCGUACAUUUUUGCGCUUUUUAACGGGGACUUGAAAAUUGCAAAACUGUACGAUCGGCACGAUGCCGAAUAACCGAUUUCUCAGUUGGUUUCUCACUCGAGUGGACUGAGAUAAGAUGGCUCUUCCAAAAAUUACUUGUAUAUAAUGCGUAUUUAAUGCUUUUAUAUUAUUACUGUUGUUGUGUGCUUAAAAAAUGGACUGAAUAAAAGAUACGAUAUAACACGUC